CAUUUUGUUACAACUACUAACAGUCAUUUGAAGUCAUCAGCAUUUUUAAUGUUGGAUGAAUACAGACUGAACUAGAUACAGUGCCUAUUUGUAAGCCAGGGGACAAAAUACACUCAACCAUGAUGGACUGCAGCACAGUGACCCACAGGGACUGUGUUGUGGGAUCCCAGAAGGGAGGCACCAAUGGGGGAUAAGGAGUGGCUGCAACAGGAAAAGCCUCCAGAGAUUAAAACACAGAAAUCUAGGAAAGAGCCCAGGUUGUGGGAGGGAGAAAAGGGGGGCUGCAGAGCAGGAGCAGAAGCAAGAAACAAGGCCUGAGUCAGUUUCCCUGAGGCCAGGCUUGAAGCACAGGUUUCCUGUACUCUUUACCAUCCCACCCCCCACUCUAGUCACCCCACUUAAGAAGGAGAUUUAGAAAACCCUGUCUCCUAUAAGGAGACUCAACAAACUGUCCAAACUCAAAAUUAGGCUAACAUUACCAAAACUGGGUUACCCACUAGGGCAAAUGUUUUAGUGUCUUCAGCUGUAAAAAGGGCAAAGAUGCUACUGUCCCACACUGAUGGCCAUGAUCAUUGGUGCUAUAACCAGUAACAAGAGAACAUAACAGCUAGCACUGAAGUGUGCCUGCCAUGUGCCAUUACCCCAUGUGGGACACUGCUCUGUGCUUUUGGGGGAAGUAAUGCUCAAGGUGUUCUUACCUUUUCCCUGCUUGGGAUGCCCCCUGAGGAGUGGGAGGAUAGAAGAGUAGAAUAGGUUCAGAAAAGUUUAAGCCUCCUGGAAUACUGAAGAAAGAAUUGAACAAGACCAAAUUGAGUCCCUAGUGCUUGGGGCUGAAUUUGGGGCAGUUCCCUAUGAUAGUUUUGGGCUACCCAAAAAAGGGAGUAGCCACCCCAUGGGUUGGGCUAGGAAGACAAGAGAGGUGGUUGGUUCUGCAGAACCAGUGCCCCCUGGUGGCCAACUAGGAAUACUUUCCAUGGCUAGUCAGCCUCUGGGUUAGAGUGGGAACCCCAAAAGGGGUGAUGGAAUGAAUCAAGGAAAAUCCAGAAUUGGGGAGGGGAGAAAAGAAAGUAAAAUCACUGCCUCACAUACCCAUGUCCUGACUCCCAAAGUACAUCCACCAGGGGCUCUCAGACCAGGUAACAUUAUCUUUCUGCCUUGAGGACUCACCUGUCACAAAACUCUCCAAAUUACCCUCCCAUCUGGAGCCCACAUCCGCUGGCUGCCCUGAUCUGUCCCCAGUCUCUUUGUUGUGACAUGCACUUACAACUGGCUCCUGCUGGACUCCAGUUAUGCUUUGCGCUGCUCUGGGCUCUCUCCCUCUGCUCCACCCUCCUCCAGCUCAUGCUGGCUUCAACCUCUGGGACUUCUGGAACUGUGGGAGGAGAGAGACUGGAAAACAAGGUGAGAGCUCCACCCUGGUCAGCCCAGCACUGGUCAGCUGAGUGCCAUUGUCCUUGACCCCUAUGAGAUAUCUCCAGAGGGCCCAUGUGCCUGGUCUAGGAGAUAGUGCAGGCAUGAACUUUCCCUUCAGCUUUUUGCUUUGAAAGUUCUCAAACAUUCAGAGAAGUUGAAAGAGCAGGUCAGUGAACCUCCUCUACAUAUCUUACCAAUCCAUGAACAGGGGUGAUCCCUUAGUUCUCUUCAAGUCCAAACCCUAUAAAACUCAAUAGCAUCCUCUUACUGGUAGACAUUGCCUACAUUCAAAAGGCUAUAAUGGAGUCAUUAAUCUAGUAUCCCAUCCAUAUUCAGAUUCCCUCAACUGAUCCCAAACUGUCCUUGAGAGCCUUUGAAAAGUGAAUCAGGAUCCAGUCAAGGUCUGCCCACUUGAUUUUAACCACCAUUUAGUCUCCUGUAGGACAACACCCCCUAUAGCAGUUAUUUUUCACAUUCUGAUUUGUUGAAUUAUUCCUUCAGUGAUGGUUGACUUGUUCUUUAUUCUCGGCAAUGCUCUGUGAACUGGAAGUUGGCUCUCCACACCAGACUAGAUUGAAUGAAACAUUUGUAGCCAGGGUCUGUCCUCCAUAGUGCUUUGUGUACUCAGGGGUUGCAUCAGGAGGAGGGAAGGUCAGGUUGUUCCUCUCUGGGAGAUGUUCACUUUAAUCACUGGGGCAGAGUGAUAGGAGGUCUUAGAUGCUGUAGGAUGACCUGUCCAAUUUUUCUGUCCUUUCUGCAUUGCUUAAGCAGAGACCCUGACCAAUAGGAAAAAGGAUUUCUCUGAGGAGGCCACACCCCAGCAUCUCUUAACACUAAUGACCAGGUGGAGUCAGCUUCCCUGCAGCAGAUCCUAACCCAGGGUCUUCAGCUCCACAGGUGUGGGAGGAACUGAGGAAAGGGACCUGGAGUGGGCCCAGCUGCAAGAGGCAUCCCCCACAGUGAAGGAUGCUUUCGGAGCCAGUCCCGACGCCACAGGAGCAAGAGCAGCUCGGAGCUGUCAAGCUGGAGGAGGAGGAGGCCUCUGGCCAGGAGGAUACUAGGAGGCCAGUGGGCAGGCCUCGGCCUGAGGUGGCCCACCAGCUCUUCAGAUGCUUCCAGUAUCAGGAAGACAUGGGGCCACGUGGGUCCCUGAGCCGGCUACGGGAGCUCUGCCACCAUUGGCUGCAGCCAUCUCUUCACACCAAGAAACAGAUCCUUGAGCUGUUGGUGUUGGAGCAGUUCCUGAGUGUGCUGCCCCCACACCUGCUGGGCCGCCUGCAGGGUCAGCAGCUCAGGGAUGGAGAGGAGGUGGUGCUACUGCUGGAGGGCGUGCCCAGGGAUGUCAGCCACGUGGGGCCACUGGAUUUUAGUUUCAAUACUGGCAAGAAUGGAUCCUGUGCAGCCACCAACUUGGAGGAACGGGGGAGCCCUUCUCAGGUCCCCAGCCACAGCCCCAAAAAGGAACUGCCCUCAGAAAAACCUCCAGCUCUGUGUCCAUCAAAUGAAUUGCCCCCAUUCCAGCCAGAGCCUCCUGGUCCAGCUGAGCCUGGAGAGUGGAAACCUGCUCCAGAUUCAAGCCAGUCACUGAGCCCAGGGCCCCAGAGGACACUCCAGCCCCUGCAAGAUAACAUCCCACAGGGCACCUUGUGGCAGGAGGAGAAUGCCCAAGAUCAGGAGCUGGCAGCUGUGCUGGAAUCCCUGACCUUCGAGGAUGUCCCGGUGAAGAAGGCCUUGCCCAAGCAUCUUGUGGGAGUUGGAAGCAGAACCCCGGACAAGGAGGAAUUUAAACCAGAAGAGCCCAAUGGGGCUGCCUGGUCCUCUACCAUCUCAGCAGAGUCACAAACAGACAGCUUGGGGGUAGCUGGAGAACCUCUUGCCCAGACGCUGGGGCCAGGCCCUGAGACCAGCAGUACUGGUGGAGGAGGGUCCCCUCCUGGCAGCACUGAAGUUUUGGAGGUCACAGUGGGCGAGGACACCCGUAGAUCAAAGGAAGAAUUGCACUUCAUAUGCGCCGAGUGUGGCGCUAGCUUCCGGCAGUUGUCCCGCCUGAAGGCACACCAGGUGCGCUCUCACCCGGUUUCGCGUUCCUUCCAGUGCCUCUGCUGCGGAAAGAGCUUUGGUCGCAGCUCCAUCCUCAAGCUGCACAUGCGCACGCACACUGACGAAAGGCCGCAUGCCUGCCACCUCUGCAGCCACCGUUUCCGCCAGAGCUCCCACCUGGCCAAGCACCUGCUCACGCACUCUUCUGAGCCUGCCUUCCUGUGUGCUGAGUGUGGCCAGGGUUUCCAGCGUCGUUCCAGCCUCGUGCAGCACCUGCUGGCGCACACCCAGGACCAAAAGCCCACGUGUGUCCCAGAGGCCAAGACAGAAGGGCGAGAGGCGACCGUCUUCCAGUGCCCCCACUGUGUGCAGACCUUUCAGCGCCGCUCCAGCCUAAAGCGUCACCUGCGGAUCCAUGCCAAGGGCAAGGACCACAAGGGCUCUGAAGACUCAGGUAGUCAGAGCCAGAGCCGCGAGAAGAGGCCCUACGUUUGCAGCGACUGCGGCAAGGCCUUCCGGCGCAGCGAGCACCUGGUGACCCACCGGCGCGUGCACACGGGUGAGAAGCCUUUCUCAUGCCAGGUCUGCGGUCGCAGCUUCACCCAAAGUUCCCAGCUGGUCAGCCACCAGCAAGUGCACACAGGUGAGAAGCCUCACGCCUGCCCACAGUGCGGGAAGCGCUUUGUCCGACGUGCCGGCCUCGCUCGCCACCUGUUGACACACGGUGGCCCACGGCCCCACCGCUGUGCCCAGUGUGGCAAGAGCUUCAGCCAGACUCAGGAUCUGGCCCGCCAUCUGCGCAGCCACACGGGCGAGAAGCCCUGCCGCUGCAGCGAGUGUGGCGAGGGCUUUAGCCAGAAUGCCCACCUGGCGCGCCACCAGCGCAUCCACACUGGGGAGAAGCCCCAUGCCUGCGACACCUGCGGCCACCGCUUCCGUAACAGCUCCAAUCUGGCCCGUCACCGCCGCAGCCACACUGGGGAGCGGCCCUACAGCUGCCCCACCUGUGGCCGCAGCUUCCGGCGCAAUGCUCAUCUGCAGCGCCACCUGGUCACACACACUGGAGUGAUGCAGGAGGUGGAAGCCCCGCAGGAGUGCCCGGAGUGUGGUAAGAGCUUCAGCCGCACCUGCAACCUGCUGCGACACCUGCUGGUGCACACGGGUGCCAGGCCUUACUCCUGCGUGCAGUGUGGUCGUGGCUUCAGCCGCAACUCCCACCUGCUGCGCCACCUGCGAACCCACGCCCGGGAGACGCUGUACUAGCAUCACCAAGGUUCCAGCAGCACUACCCGUGCACCUGUGGAUGGAUAGCACCCGAGGCCUUCCUCUACGUCCCCAUGACGCCCACUUCCUCCGACUCCUUAGUGUUUGUUCUCCCUGCCUGUGGCUUUUUUGUUGUUGACCUGGUGCUUUACCACUGAGCCACACCCCCAUCAGGAUCUAAGUUGCUGAGGCCAGCCUCCGCCUCAGCCUCCUAAGCCAACAGGAUUACAGCAUGGCCCACCACACCUGGUCCCUCUCGUGGCUUCUUUUCCUGGCCUCAAAAGUGUAUUUCAUAUACACAAAGUAAAGCAGCCUUCUUGAAAGUGGUUUUCUUUUAUUUCUUUUUUCUAACCCUAUCUCUGCCCCACUAGGUCCAUUCCUUCUAUUUACAUCCACCAAAUUGCCAUCUGUGACAGGCAACUUGUUGGAAGGUUCAGGAAUCUCACCCUGGAACUUAUUCUCUUCCAGAGUUUACCUCCAAACCUGUGCUGUCCAAUACAGCAGUCCCAAGCCAUGUGUGGCUCUCUAAUUUCAUCAUAAUAGAAUAAAGUGUUAAAUCCCA